AUGUCGGAGGUCGGCGAGGAGGCGAAGCAGGUUUCCUACACUGUGGUCCGUGAUGAUAACGGUAAUGUUAAGCUCGAGUGCCCUGCUAUGGGAAAGCAGUUUGCUGCCGAGGAAAUUUCAGCUCAGGUUUUGAGAAAACUUGUAGAUGAUGCAUCCAAAUUUUUGAACGAUAAAGUUACUAAAGCUGUCGUUACAGUGCCUGCUUAUUUUAAUGAUUCCCAAAGGACAGCAACAAAAGAUGCAGGUCGUAUUGCUGGUUUAGAAGUUUUGCGAAUUAUCAAUGAACCCACCGCUGCUUCAUUGGCAUAUGGCUUUGAAAAGAAGAACAAUGAGACUAUUCUAGUAUUUGACCUUGGAGGUGGUACCUUUGAUGUUUCAGUCCUUGAGGUUGGUGAUGGAGUAUUUGAAGUGCUUUCUACUUCUGGUGAUACGCAUCUAGGUGGUGAUGACUUUGACAAGCCACUGCAGAUGGACCCAAACAUAUUGAUACCACACUUACCAGAGCAAAGUUUGAAGAGUUGUUCUGAUCUGCUUGACAGUGAUCCUUGUUGGUGGGUCAACACGGAUGCUGCAGUUCAGGAACUUGUUAGAAGAUUGACAGCAAAGGAACCCAAUGUUUCUGUGAAUCCUGAUGAAGUUGUGCUUCUUGGUGCUGCAGUUCAGGCUGGUGUGUUGGCUGGAGAUGUCAGUGACAUAGUGCUUCUUGAUGUGACACCAUUAUCUCUGGGUCUGGAGACCCUUGGUGGUGUCAUGACAAAAAUUAUCCCAAGAAAUACAACUUUGCCCACCUCAAAGUCAGAGGUGUUCUCAACCGCUGCUGAUGGGCAGACAAGUGUAGAGAUUAAUGUCCUUCAAGUGAAGUUUGACAUUGAUGCAAACGGUAUUCUCUCUGUCACUGCUGUUGACAAAGGCACUGGGAAGAAACAAGAUAUUACCAUUACUGGUGCUAGUACCUUGCCUACUGAUGAGACCUGCCCACCAUGUGCAGACAAAGGGAGGGAGAUAAAGAUCAAACAAAUUAGAUUUAGAAGUGAGAGAAUGGUUAAAGAAGCUGAGAAGUUUGCCAAGGAGGAUAAGGAGAAGAGAGAUGCCAUAGAUACAAAGAACCAGGCCGAUUCUGUUGUGUAUCAAACAAGAGAGCAGCUAAAGGAAUUGGGAGACAAGCCGGGGGCAGCACCUGGCUCUGGUCCUGCACCUGGUGGUAGCACUGGGCCUUCAGAAUCAUCUGAUAAAGGACCUGAUGGGGAUGUCAUUGAUGCAGACUUUACUGACAGCAAAUGA